UUCAAGUCACAAUUCCGCCUCGAUUUCUUUUGACAGUUCAAAAUAUUUGAUAAUUUUCGUUUAUACACAUUUUGCCGAAAGUUUAUUGCAAAACAAAAUAGGUAUUUCAAAUCGUAUCGUUAUGCGUAAAAUGGAUGGCGGAGAAAAGUAGCAUAUAUUUAUAUACAUGUAUAUGUUUAGAAAAAUCGUACAUUAUCCUAAGUAGACUAAAUAGUUGGCAUCGCGAUGUCUUUCAUAACAAAAAGGGAGCGUGUGUUCAACGAACACGACCUAUUCGAUUUGCCGGCGAGGAACGAAGGAAAGCUGAAGGCCUAUGCGUCAUGCACGGACGCCAGGGCCUGGUCCCACUUCUGUUCGGAUAAGAGCGAGCACCUGGUGGAGAUAAUAAAGAGAAACAACGAGACGGUCCGGCCGAAGUACUUCCCGACGGACGUGAUCGUUGACACACUGAUGGUAGCUAAGAAUGCUGAGAUAGCGCGCCUGAAGCACAAGAUCGAAGAGUUCGAGCAAAUGCUGGCUGCCUACGAUCAACUCGAACUGUCGUGCGAUCAGAAGUGCGAAAUUGCGCAUGCCCAUGCAGCAAUCAAAGCAGCCAAUAAAGAGCUUGAUGAUCUGUGCUUAGAUUUGGACUUAUCCGGUUUCACAGAGGGCAUCGAUUCAGAAGGCUUUGCGACCGGCAAAUCGAGAGGAGAUGAGGCAACACCAAGAACAUACGAGGUAACACCAAGAACAAACGAGGUAUCACCAAAAACAAACGAAGCGUUGGAUAUGUUGCAGGAGUACUCUCUCAAGAAGGACACUAGAGGCGUUCAAAAUGACUUACCGGGUACUCGCGAUGUUGCUACCUUUGCCAAAGAUUCGAGAAUUGAUGAAAUGCAAGAUACUAUAAUUACAAAAGACGCAAAAUUAAACGCUAUGAAAAAUACAAUAGCUGUCAUGGAAAACGAUGUUUGCGAACCUUAUUGUAUUUAUGCUCAUAUUUACACGGCACUGGAAAAAAUAUUUGGUAUUCUUUGCCAAAAUGAUAAGUAUAGACAGUAUUUGAAGUUGUUGACGGCCGGUAAAGAUACCCGUUGCAUCGAUGUAAAAGGAAAAAUACUCUUUAAACUAAAGGUAUUGGAAAAAUUUUGCUGCGCAUUAAUAGCUCCCUGCACCCAAGACUUCGUUUCUCAUUCACCUCCACGAGUUGCCGCCGAGGAUUGUGCUUGUUAUCGUGUCGAUGUCAUCCCGCGAACUGAACCUGCUUUUGCAUUAACAUCUUCAGAAGCCAAACAACCAAAUUUUGAUAACAAACGAGCACAUCUCGUUGCUGACAUUAUAGAAAAUGAUGAAAUGAAAGAAAUUCUCAAUAAAGAAGGUGUUAAACCAGAUGAAGAGGUCAAUGAAGACGUUUUCGCUUUAGAUAGUUACAACAUUGAAACAGAGAACCUUAAACGUUUAAAAAGUCUACAAGAAAAUUUUGAUGAUUUAAUGACAUGUUAUGAAACAUUAAAACAUGAAAAAGAAAGUUUAGAAAAACGGUGUAACAAAUAUGAAGAAUUGGAACACGAAUUGGAAAGUCUAAAAACACAAAUGAGAGAGUAUAAUUCAUUAUGGAACGAAAAAGAGCAUUAUCGUAAACGUUCUGCCGAUCUUGACACUUUAAAAGAACAAUACCUUAUACUUACCGAUGAAACUACCAAUCUAGAAACUCAAUUAAAAGCUGAAUCAGAAAUUAAUAACAUAAAAUGUAAAGCAUUAGAAGGUUUACGAAAUGAAAAUAUAAUUUUAGAGAAAAAAAUAAACGAAGCAUCAAUUGCUUUUGAAAAAGAGAAAAAUAUUUUAUUGUGCAAGUUAAAAGAAGCCGAUUGCCGAGUUAUGUGCCAAGGACAGCAAAUUAAAAGUUUGACCACUCAAGUUGAUAAAUUACUAGAACAUAACCAUGAAAAGCUCCUCCCUCGAGAUUCAGAAACACGUUCAUUAGUACUAAUGGAUGAAAUUGAAUCUUCAAAAGAACAAAUUAAAAACUUAAAAGAAGCCCUAUUUUGUAACGAUGAAGAAAAACAGGAACUACAAAAGCACUAUCAAGAUCAACUAGAAAUAAUAAAUGUUCUCAAGUCAGAAAUAGAAAAUUGGAGAAGCUCUUAUGAGAGAACUGUGCAACACAAAGAUGAAUUAGAAAAGUACUCAGAGAGUUUGCGCCAAGAUAUUGAUGACAAAAUGACUGCGAAUGAUAACUUAAUGAGCAUUAUUCAUAAUAAGUCGCAAGAAAUCAAUAAGUUAAUGCAGGACAUAGAAAAGAAAAAAGACGAAAAUAAAGAUUUGCUUAGACAACUUAACGAGUUACGAAACAGGUUUGAUAGCAGUCUUUCGAACCUACAACAAGAAAAAAUGCAAGCCCUACAAUCUCUACAAGUUGCUAGACAAGAAAGUCAAGAAUUAUUAGAAAAAGUGAAAAAUUACGAUCAAGCCCUCCACAUUGAAGCAGAUGUAACAAAAUCUUUAGAAAUACAGUUACAAGAAAAAGAAGAAUUACAUAACUUAUUAAUGAAUGCUAUUGAGGAAAACAGAAAUUUAAAAGCAGAUUUGGCAAGCAGGGAAAACAAUAACUCAAUUUUACUUCAAGAAAUCCAAAGAUUACGUGAUGUUAAUGAAUAUGCUGUUGAUAGCAUAAAUAAUUUACAAGAUGAGAAAAAUAAAUAUAGGAUGUCUUUGGAUUUCACUCAAAAAGAAAGUACUGAACUGAAAGAUAAAAUAAUGCAUUACGAAAACUUAAUGCUUCAAUUACAUAAUUUACAAGAAUCGCAUGAAAAACUUAUUGAGGAAAAAUCACGUCUUGAAGGUGCUUUGCUUGAAAAAUCAUAUGAACUUGAAAACGCAAUACACACCAUUCAAUUAACCAAAAGGGAAAGUGCUGAAUUAAUUGAUAGGCUGCAGCAAGCUGAAGGUUCAAAAGAUAACGAAUUAUCUAGAAUCAGCGAAGCCUAUCAAAAGUUAUCUAGUGAAAAAUAUGCCGUUCAAAAAGAUCUCAUAGAGAAAAGAAGAGAUAUGGACAACUUGGUACAAACAUUGAACAAUAUGAAAGCCGAUAAUCAACAGUUAAUACAAAAAUGCAAUCAAUUUGAAGACAUAGAGCAAGAGUUAACAGAAAUGAAGAAAAAAUAUGCUGAAUUGAUGUAUGACUUUGAAAACAAAACUGAGGAAAUUAAUAAUCUGUAUAAUACCUUAGAGAAUAAAAUUGAAGAAAAUAGGGAACUAACCGAACAAAUCAAAACUUUGGAGAUAAAUCAAGUUAUGGCCUUAGAAGACGAAAAAAUUAUGACUGAAGCUAAACUCAAUAUAAUGAAAAAGGAAAGUGCUGAAUUGCUCGAAAAAAUUAAACAAUAUCAAAAUUUGGAAACAGAAUUUGACAAAUUAAAAGCAGCACAUGAUCAAAUGAAAAUUGAUAAAGAAAAUCUACAAAUUGAACUUAAUACACAAAUGGCUGAUUUGAAAAGAAUGGAGCAAGAAAAUUCAGAAUUGCACAGCCACAGCCAAAAUUUAUUAUCACAUAGCGAGGAUCUAGAACAUGCUCUAAUAGGAGCAAGAACUGAGCUUAUAAAAAAAGGCAGCAGUUCUCCGGUAUCGCACAAAGAAAUUAUUGGAGAAAUUGAAAUCUUGCGGCAAGAAAAACUCCUUAACCAAAAGAAGAUGAGAGAACUUCUCGACAAACUAGAAGAAUCGGAAAAUAUUAUAUCCAGUUUAAGUGAGGAUGUUUGUGCUCGAGAUGAUAAAAUAGCAACUUUACAAAAUCACAUCAAUGAACUGGAAGAAGAAGUAAGACGACUUCAUGGUAAUUUAGCUGAAGUUAUUAAUACUGGUGAAGAAAUCAAAGACUUUGGUCUUCGGAACAUCAAUUCCAUUAGAAAUAUGGAAGCUCAUCACUCGAAAGCAACCCAUAACAUGAAGAUGGAGAUAGCAAAACUCCAGCAAGAAAACUCCAUGCUAUCUGAACAAUUAUCCGUAACAAAAGUACAGUCUGAAGAGUCAUCGCGAGAUAUGUUCAAAUAUGUAUCACAAAUAAAACAUUUACAAAAUGAAAGAGAGAUAAUUGUGACUGAUAUAAAACAGCUUGAGCUCAAGAGUGUCGGCGAUAGCGUCUUAGCACCAAAUAAUUGCGAAAUUGAAGAAAUAUUAUCAUCACUAGACAGGAUCAGAAAAUCUUUUGAUGCAAGAACAAAUAAGAGUUCUACGUUAGAACGAACACUAUUAAAAGUACAAACGUCUUCACAAUUACUCUUAAGCAAAGCCGAUGAGGCUAAGAAAAUUGUGGAGAGGGAAAAGCAGAAAAUUAUUUUUGAAAAAGAAGAAGCAAUCAGAGACCGGCAAAAUAUGGAGACACAACUUUUCGAUCUAAGGGCUAUGCUUGAAAAACAAGUUGCCGAUGAUAAGGCUAUAAUUGUAGAUUUAGAAGCUACAAUAGCAAAUCAGACAUUGAUUACCGAUAGAUUAAAAAAAUCAACACAAGACUAUAUUGCUAAAUUAAAAGAUGAACUCCAGACCCUCAAAAAUCUUUACCAGGACUCUGUUGAGAAGAUAAGCGAAUUGCAGGAGAAGUUGCACGGUAUGACUGAAGAUAAAACCAAGUUAAAGGACAUGAUGGAAGAAAUAAAAACGGAUUUAGGGAAAAAAUCUAAUGAAGUAUCAGAAUUGCAAAAGCAAUUAGAAGUCCUAAAGAAUAAAACUUAUCGCAACAUGGAAACUCAGAUACAAAGAAAGGAUCUAUAUCAAAAUGUCGGAUGUCAAACGGACACUUUGGAACCCAAUAUUUUCUACGGGUCAGACAUAAACGCAUCGAAGGAUAUUCCAAAAACAAAAGAUUUUGACUUUGUUGAUAGCAUAGACAUGAUGGAACUUAAUAAACCACCUCUUGAUAAAAGGCAUACCCAGUUAGAAAUGAAAUUGGGUAGCCCACUCUUAAACGAAGUCAAUAUACUUUCUGCAGCUGUGGAUCAGCCAACUUUCGAAGCCCUUAAAAACAGCUAUAUAGAUUACAAAAUGAAAAGAUUAAGUCCAGGAAGAUUUGAACAAUAUUCGAUAACUUGUUUCACAGAUAAAGAAAAAAAUGAAAAUAAAGCAACCACAAACACGGUUGAACGAGCAACUAAAAAAACUCAAAAAUCAGCAAAGCGUACUGAAAAUGCAAACACUCAGAGUAAUAACUUAAUCGAUAUUUACAAUAGACGGUCUAUGCAAACAAAUUCGUCGAAAGCCAUUGAUGAGUCUGACAAUAUUGUCAGUAGUAAGAUGGUAUCACAAAGUCAAGGAAAAUCUACUGGAUAUCCAACGAGGGAAAGUUAUGAAACUGACAGUAAUUUAGUUAGUAAAUACAAAGAUAGUAAAACUUAUGUUGAAUCAACCUCAGAUAAAUCGACAGACAAGGAUUUAUUUGUUAUUUACAAAGAUAGUGAAAGCAGUUAUAACAACAAAAAUAAUAAUGACAAAGAAACCAAAGGGACAUGGUCGGGCAAAGGGCAUUCCGAGAUAGUAGUCGAGGCGGUAACAGUUCAUCCUACGAAGAAAGGCAUAGCUGGUGAUCAUCCUAAGAAUUAUGGGAAAGAAACAUUCAUUUUUCAGGAAAAUGAUGAAAAUGGUGAAGAUGACAGCGUAAAGCAUAAAUUGAAAAUUAAGUUGCCAAGGGUUGAGAUAGAAAGUCCUUCUUUAAUAACUGCCUCCGAUAUUGAUAAAAAGUCAUUAGAUUCAUAUACACUAGCAAUUGACUCAUCUCAGAAACGACUUUCUGAUUCAGAUACUAAAAUUAACGAAAACUUAGACAGUAAAAAAAUAAAGCAAGACACUCCUUCAAUGCCAACGAUAUCUAAUGAAGACAACUUGGGAUCAUAUAACUCUUUAGGAGUAGGUUCUGAUGAGGAUGUCGUCAGACCUAUGAAGUCAAAAGCUUUAGAAACAGACAGCGGUACGUCAAAACACAAAAAUUCAAAACUUGCUAGAAAAAAGGUUACAGUUACUCCUCAUUUUGAUAGUGAAUCUCAUCAUAAGCUUUCGAGAGUUGGGGCCGACGUUCUUUUACUCAAAGCCGAAAAAGAGAAAAAAUAUUCUAAAGUCGGCAAUUUCGGAUUAGAAUAUAUUAUGGAUACUAUGCAAGCCGAAGUCGACCCCGAAGGAAAAUACUAUGCUGGUAAAGAAGCACGGAAAACAAGAAGUGAUGAGAGAUUUAAUUUGGUAAAAAUACGUGAAAAAACUGAUUCCAGUCCAUCAAGACUUAGUGAAUUUAAAAUAUCGUCUACUGAAUAUAAAACUAUGUCGACUAAUAGUAAAUCUAGUCAGCCUAAAUCUUUUGUCGAACGUAGUAUUAUGGCUAAAUUAGAUAUUAAUGAGGAUUAUGAAGUUAAGAUCAGUUCGCUUACAAAAGCUCUCGAAAAUAUAGAAAAGGAUUAUAAGAAAAAAAUAGAAGCCAUUAAAAUGCAAUAUGAUAGCAACAUAAAAAGUAUAAUUAAUGAACAUAAUCAAGGGGUACAAAGCAUACAGAGUUUGCAUGAAGAAACAUUACAAGACAUAAUUAAAUUACAUGAGAAUGAAGUAGAAAACUUAAGAUCAAUGAGUAUAGAAGCUAUGAGAAAGGCGGAUAAAUUAGAAAAAGAGAAUAGAGCAUUGAAGACAAAAGUUCAAGAUUGUGGGACGACAUAUUCUUUAGAUGAGGAACCAGUAAAAAUCACGCCUGUCGAAACCAAAAAGCGUAAGAGGAGCCGUGAUACGAGGCUGUUGACAAAGACGACGGUGGAAGCAUUUAACGUGAAGCCAAAAACGCGUUCCAACGGACCUUGCACGUGUUCUUUAGAUGUCAACGUAUCCGACACAAUACGCAACAUAUUCGAACAGGUCGAUGUUGAACAGAGGAAAAUGGCUGAGCACACUUAUUUGAAAUACAUUGCCAACAAGAUACUGAAUGGCAGUUUAGAUGAUGGUUUCAAGUCCGAUGGCCUUCAAACUUUGGACGCUCAAGAGUUAUCGUUCCUUCACCUAAAAGUAUGUCGUACCUGGAAAACUAAAUUGUCUAAGGAGGAAGCUCUACAAAAAAGGAUAGACUCUUUGGAAAACGAACUAAUGAGUAAGCAACGGAAUGCACAACAACACAUAGCGGAGCUAGACCGCAAAGUUGCUGAAGAACGGCGCCGUUUGCAAGAGGUCCGCGAGGCGGUUUGCCGCACCAGCCCCGUAGUGUCAAGGUGUUGCAGCCCCGACACGGCUCACCACUACCGGCCCCCACUGACCUCGCCUGCUACUGUUGAGAAAGACCCCCCUCCUGGUUGCAAUCCUCAUGCCGUGGCUAUUGAGGUUGGCGGUCGGCGGUCUGCAGGCGACCUGGUUCCAGAAGCGCCUGCAAUAGGCAUUCGUGUCCGCCGCAAUAGACUUGAAAGCAACAGGGCGGUCCUUGCAAGAUUGGAUGUUGAAGAACGUAAGGAGAAGAGAAUCUACAAUGACGAACCCCCGACUCGGCUGCGUCGGUCGCACGACCGGCCGACGCUUCGGUCGACUAAAAAAUAAAGCGUAACGCGUAAACGGAAUUAGGCAUUCUGCACCCUGCUUUUGCCAGCAGAAUGUCGAAUUCUGAUCAAACACCAGGACUUGACAACAGAUUUUUCCUUCGGAAGGAUCCGUCGCGAUUUAUUGAAAAGACACUGGAACAUUGGAUAACGACGAAACUUCACAAUCGGAUGGUUCUAUUGAACAACGAAAUUUGUGUUUUACAUACACGGCGUCGGUGUGCUGCUGUGAAUGUUUUGUAACAAAAUUUGUAAAAGAUAUUUAACUCAGUUUUUAUAUAUUUUUAUUUAUUUUAUAACAUAUUUAUUUCAAAUUACACAGGGAGAUGGUACAUUUUUUUGAAAUAAAAUGUAAAUUAAAUGUUA